AUGUCCAUCCUCCCCUCAACACCCACCCCCUACGCCCUAGCCGGCGCCCUCCUCCUCAUCACCGCCGCCUCCGUCCUCUUCCUGCCCACGAGCUUCACGCAAUGGCUGCGGAAGAAGAAUUACCAGUAUGAGGUCACGAGCUCGCUGUAUAUGCUUACCCCGACGGAGAAGUUUGUGUUUAACUCCAUCCUCUUCCUCACAACCGCCAUGCUCACGAUAGCCACCGUGCUCUACCUGCCCAACCACAUCGCCAUCGUGUGCCGACGCGCUUACUACUACUUUGCGGAUCCGGAUAGCGCGGCCCAGCUGGUUGGGAAGGUUGGGCUUACGGAAAAAGCUUCUGGAUUGGCGGAAGCGGUGGUGGAGGCCGCGGUGAAUACGAAGGUGGUGGUGGAGGAUGGGGUGAGGGGGGCUGUUGAGGGGUUGGGGUGGACGUGA